ACAUGACCACAACAUCCACCUGUGAUGAGCUCCUGACUUCAGAAGACACUGAAUUCUGCAAGGGAGAAUUAAGGGUGAUUUACCCUGAUCUGGUUGUUGACAAAUGCAUGAUCGUCCCUCAGAGGAUCAGAGAGAAGAUCAGUAAGGAGUGGGGAGCACCUCAAUUACAGCUGCCAAGUGCUGAUGAGGAGAAGAAAUACACUCUAUUAAUGGUGGAUCCAGACGCUCCUAGUCGUCAGAAACCCUCUCGCUCUUACUGGAGACACUGGUUACUGGUUGACAUUAAGAGAGAGCUCCGCCCACACACUUAUCUGAUUGGCUGUGAUUUGUGA